UUGUAUCUUACUAAAAAUUCAAUUCAAAAUAUUAAAACCCUUAAAUAAUUAUCAAAUUUGAAAGUUUUAGAUUUAUCUUACAACUCUAUUGAUAGUAUUGAUAACUCUUUUUAUGGCUUUAUUAGUUUACAAACACUAAUUAUAGGAAAUAACCAUAUCACUAAAAUUGAAAAUUUAGAUUGUUUGACAAAAUUAGUUUCCUUAGAUCUAUCAAAAAAUGGAAUUCGGGUACUUGAAAACAUCGAAAAAUUGGUAAAUAUGACCAACAUCAAUUUAUCUCAUAACCGUAUUAGUGAUUUGUAAAUCAUGGAAAAUGAGACAAAUUUAAAGAACUUAUCCGAAGUGAAUUUAUCCAAUAACAAUAUAUCUAAAAUGGACAAUUUAAGGUGUUUGAGUAAUCUAAAUUCUUUGGACUUAUCAAAUAAUUCAAUAGAAAUACUAGUUCCACUAAUCCAAUUAAACAGUUGUUCACAUAUCAAUUUGAAUUCCAACAAUAUCACACGUAUUGAGGUUGAAUCAAUUGUUCAUAAGUUUUAUUCGAUGUUUAAAAGAAUUGGGAGAAAGCAAUCAACUUUUCCUGUUCAAAAUAAUGCUGAAAUGAUAUUAAAUUUAAGUUCAAAUCCUCUUAAACAAUUGAAUGGGAUAUCAAAAUGGAGCGAUCUAGCUCACUUGAUUUUGCCGGAUAACAUAUCGCGUAUUAAUAAGAGAAAUCUCGCACAAUUACCGAAAAUGAAGGAAAUAGAAUGUUCAAAAAUGAUCUUAUUUAAUAUCAAAAAGCUAAAGAAAAAAUACCCAGAUAUAAAAAUAAAAUUUUUUGAGGAGCACCCAUUAAAAACCUGUCGGAACCACUUCAUUUAACUAUUUAUGUAAUCUCCAAAAGAUUGACACUUCUGCAACUUGUGCUGUUCCUAUUUCCAUUCAUACUCUCUUCUUCAUUUCCAUCCUGACUUUAUCGAUCCCAUUGGGCCAUAUCAUGUAUUCGAAGCCCAUUUUUCUAGUUGGUUUGAGGUUUCCAUCUUGAGCUGUUAUU